AUGGCUAUAGAGACUCGAACUGGCCGCGGGUCUAAGGUCGAGGAAAGCAGCAGUCCGAAGAGGACUCCUAAUAGCAAGGCCUCAGCGAUUCCUGGUUCUGCAACACCAUCUGCUUCUGGUCUUAGAAGGUCAGAGAGAUCGUCGAAGAAAGAUACAAUACCGAGUCCUCCAAGUACGCGGAAGUCUGGGAGACUUCAGAAGCCGUCCCCAACCCCACCAACACGGGGUAAGAAAAAGAUUGGGGCCACCGUGAAGAAGAAUACUCUAAGUCCGUUAAGAUGUUCGGCAAGGAGUAAGAAACAGUCCUCACCCAGUUCUUCAGUGUCAAAGAACUCAACAUCAAGUUUGAGCUCGUUGGCUAUCCCCAAAAAAGAGAAGAGCAUGGUACAGUUGACCCUUGAAUCCAAAGAGGUCAGCAGUUGUGAGGGGGAGUUGUCAAAGGCGAGGCAUAGAUUAAGCUCAAGCGCGUACAAAGCAUUUUUCAAGAAGCAACGUAAAGCUGCUGUGCAACGUAAAGUUCCUGUGGACGUUGAUUCUGAAAGCAUUCCUACUCCAGAAGCAAUUACUGAGCAGUUGAAUGAUGUGUCUGAGAGACUUGAACAUCUGGAGCCUGGCGAUACUAUUUUGGCAGAAACAAUAACUGAUGACAACAACUCCUUGUCUAAACGGAAAAGAAAUGAAGUUAAUCUAGAUGCUGAACAUGCCAUGGUUUCAAAUAAAGAUGCCAGCAUAUUUCUUCCCGUUGCAGUUGCACUGCAAGAUCAUUCUCAAGAGAACUGUGUGUUGGAUACUUGUGCCAUGGAAGUUAAGAGGCAGAGGGUUGACAAUGACGGAAAAGAGCAAGAGCUUUGCUCUUUGAACAAACAAUCGAAUGAAGAUGGAAUCUCUGUACCCAAGGAGAACGCUGGAAAAGAAGCUUGCCCCAUCACAACCCAAGGAGCAAGUGAGCCUUGCUCUGACAAAUUGCAAGAUGUACCAAUUGUUAUUGGUUUGAAGGUGGACAGCGGUCAAAAUGUGUGCCAUGCUUGUAAACGUGGGGGAAAGCUCUUGUGUUGUGAUGGAAAGAGUUGUGAGAAAAGUUACCACCUUUGUUGUGUGCAUCCACCUUUUUUGGAUGUUCCACUUGGAAUUUGGCACUGUGCUGCAUGCACUAAGAAGAAGGUAGAAUCUGGUGUACAAGCUGUUGCAGACGGAGUAGAAUCGAUUUGGGAGUCUAGAGAAGUGGAGUUACCUGAUCUUAACGGUUUGCUCAAGAAGAAGGAAUUUUUUGUUAAGUACAAAGGUCUGGCUCAUGUUCAUAAUCAGUGGGUGCCAGAAACUCAAUUGCUUUCUGAAGCUCCCUCUCUUGUUGCAAAUUUCUACCAGAAAAACAAGGUGAAGUGGAGGAAAGAAUGGGCAACACCACAUCGUCUGCUAGGCAAGCGACCUGUGGUUCUCCCAAAGCAGAAGAGGGGUGAUACUGAGGCUUUAAGCUGCCAUCAUGAAUGGCUUGUGAAAUGGUGUGGUCUUGAUUACGAGCAUGUGACAUGGGAGUUGGAAAGUGCUUCUUUUAUGAAUACAAUGGAAGUUCAAAGCCUCAUGAGGGAUUAUGAAGCCCGACAUGAAAAAGCAAACACUGAUCAUUCUUCAUCUGAAAUGAAUAAGAAAGUGGCUACUGCUGAAGGUUCACUGGCCAAUGUGGCAUGCUUACCAGCUGGACUUCCGACUGGUUUGGAUUGUAAUCAUCUGGAUGUUGUCAACAAUCUGCGCGAUUACUGGCUCAAAGGAACAAAUGCUGUUAUUGUUGAUGACCAGGAGCGGAUCGUGAAGGUGAUUUCGUUUAUUUUGUCACUGACUUCCACUGUAUCUCUGCCUUUUCUUAUCAUCACAACUCCUUCUGCACUUGAUUCUUGGGAUGAAGAUUUCACCCGUUUCGCUGGUUGCAUAUACACUGUUGUUUACAAUGGCAAAAAAGAUGUGCGUAGACGUAUAAGAUCUCUUGAAUUUGGGGAAGGAGGUUGUGUGAUGUUUCAAGUGCUUAUAACUACGCUGGAAGUUGUGAUGGAGGAUCUGAAUGAUUUGAGAUCAAAUAAAUGGGAAGCGGUAAUUGUUGAUGAAUACCAGCGUUCAAAGAUUCAUAUGCAGUCUGAACAGAUUAAAGCUUUGAUGACUGAGAUGAGAAUUUUACUUGUCAAUUGUGAGCUAAAGGACUGUAUACUUGGUGAACAUCUGUUGUCUCUCCUGGCAAGUACUAGUGCUUCUGUCAUCAGUGAGCCUGCAUCUAAUUCAAGUCCUAAGUCUGUAAAUGUCAAAGAGAAACUAUCAAAGUAUAUUGCAAACAGCUGCAAGUCCGACUGCAAGUCUGACAGUUCUCGAUUUGUUGAGUACUGGGUUCCUGUGGAGAUAUCCUCCAUGCAACUGGAACAAUAUUGUGCUACUUUAUUAUUAAAAUCUUUGUUCCUCUCUGCAUCCUCGAAGACCGACAAUGUUGGGGCCCUGCGGGAUGUUCUUGUCGCUACUCGUAAGUGCUGUGAUCAUCCAAACCUCAUGGUUGAUAUUCCUCCUCCACCACCCCCGGCAGUUGAUGCCCUAGAUUUUGGAAUAAAGGCUAGUGGAAAAUUACAAUUACUGGACACCAUGCUCAUUGAGAUAAGAAAUCGAGGUUUGAGGGUGUUAAUUCUCUUCCAGUCUAUAGGCGAUUCUGCGAAGGUUAAAAUUGGAGAUAUUUUGGAUGACAUGGUUCGUCAAAGAUUUGGUGAAAAUUCUUAUGAACGUGUGGAUGGUAAUGUUCAGUCUUCUAGAAAGUACACUGCUCUGCAGAACUUCAAUAAUGAAAAGCAGAGGUUUGUGUUUUUAUUGGAAACCCGUGCUUGUGCUUCCAGCAUCAAACUCACCUCAGUUGAUGUUGUCAUCAUAUUUGGAAGUGAUUGGAGCCCGGCGAAUGAUAUAAAGAACCUGCAAAAGAUAACACUUGAUUCACAAUGUGAACAGAUAAUGACAUUUCGACUUUAUUCUUGUUUUACCGUGGAAGAGAAGGUCCUGAUGCUUGCUAGGGAAGAGAAGACUCGUGAUACUAAGUUGCCGAACAUAAACCGUACUACUAGUCACUUGCUUCUGAAGUGGGGGGCUUCACAUUUGUUCAGAAAGUUGCAUGAGUUCCAUAGUAGGGAUGAUCAAUCCUUCUCAAAUAAUUCCUUGUCUGAGUCAUCACAUUCAAAAGAUGUUGUGGAUAAUUUCUUUGCAAUACUUGCCAAGAAAGAAUAUGAUGCAAGCAAUUUUUUUAUUCUGAAAGUUAAACAAAUUCAUGGAAAUUAUAUUUGCAAUUCUCUGCUGCCUGGAGAAAAGGUAUUGCAAUGCACUAAUGAGGAGCCAACCCAUCUAUUUUGGAAAAAUCUACUUGGAGGCAAAGAGCCUCAAUGGAAGUAUUUGUCUCAUCCAUCCCAGAGGAGCAGGAAACGGGGUCACUAUCCUGACGUAACAAAGAUUGUGGAAGCUGACUUUGAUGCUGUAAAAAAGCGCAAGAAGACAGUCAGUUGUGCUGAGCCAAACUCUUCAAAACCUGUUACAAUGGAAGGAAACAUUGGUAGGAAAAGGGAAGGAAGUUCUGGAGCUUCACUGCCUACUACAAUCUAUGGAUUGGGUUCUGUACGUUCAGCUUGUAAUUUGUCAGAAGAACACGAGAGUAAUACUGGCAAGUUCAAUGUAGAUGCCGCUCUACACAAUUCACAGAACAGUUUACAUUGCAAUUUGAAGCCAAAGAUUGAAAGGCUCUGUGAAGUUCUACAACUCCCUGAUGACAUCAAAAGUGUAGUGGAAAGCUUUCUUGAAUAUGUGAUGAACAAUCAUAAUGUCAGCCAAGAAUCAGAAGCUAUAUUGCAGGCUUUUCAGAUUGCUUUGUGCUGGACUGCUGCUUCUAUGCGGAAGUACAAGAUUGACCAUAAAGAAUCUCUGCUACUUGCUAAAGAGCGUUUGAACUUCGAAUGCAAGAAAGAAGAAGCGGACUAUAGGUAUUCAAUGUUGCGAUGUUUGAAAAAAGUAUUUCUGUACCGUACAGAGAGUUUGAAGAUACCUAGCUCUGCCGAAUCUUCUCAGCUGUUGAGUAAAUGUGUUUAUGAUGAUCACACAAGUUCUUCUAGAUCUAUAUCAUCUGAACCUCACAAGCAAAAGGAUGGGGUACAAUUGCAGACAGAUUCUCAAGAAUUCAUCAGGUCUAGUGUCUUUCAACAGUCACUCGGACUGGCACAUCAAGAUUUGUCUAGAAGUAUCAAAGAUAUCUAUAAGAAAUGCGACAAGCUGAUGAGAAAGCUGCUGGAACAGCAAGCAAAAGAGAAAGAGGAGUUCCUCAGAAAGUAUAAAGACGACAAGGCAGAACUUGAGCGCAAACAGAAAACCGAUGCAGCUGUGAUUCGCUGUCAUAGUCAUGGUUCAAUGAGAGCAGAUAAACUCAAGUCCCUGGAGGCCGAAUAUGCCAAAAAAUUUGUAGAACUGGAAAAGAAGAGGGUGGCGUGCCUUAACAAUCUUGAGGCAAUGCAAUCUGCCACAAGGAAAAAGUUGGAAGAGAGAAAAGUGAAAUGGGUUGAAGGGGUGGAAGCCUGGGCAAAGGAGGAAUUGAUGCCUAGGCUGCCUCCAAAUGAAACUGGCCAGACUCCCGGAAUGGCUGUCUCUUUUAAUGUUCAUCCCAAGGAGUUUCCUGGAGUGCGAGGCAUGUCAGAUAGACAGAAGCCAUCCAAUAUAUGUGAAGUUGUAAACUUAAGUGAUGAUGAAGAAGAAAUAACCCAAUUGGUAGAGCCUGCCGUUGGAGUGAUUCCUGAAACAGCUUUAACCAGGCAUGUUGAAAUAGCACCUGGUGGAGUUACCCCAGGAAUGUCGGCAUCUUGUGGUGCUAGGGUUGUUGAGCAGGAGGGAGGAAUUUUAUCUGCAGCAUCUGAAAGACUGAUGGCAGACCAACUAAAGGAUAAUAGUUCUGCUCAACUUCAAGUUGAACAGAGCAAUGUCAAUGGUAGAGAGAAAGCUGGAGUUGGGGCUACAAACUUAUCGCACACUGCUGGAGCUCAUCUCCAAAGAGAACUUGUUAAAGAAGUUCCUGAAAGUGCUAAAAGUAAUUUAGUAGAGUCCGAAAGACUUGUGGCAGACCAAAUACUUAAGGAUAAUAGUUCUCAACUUCAAGCUGAGGAGAGCGAUGCCAAUGGUAGAGAGAAAGCUGGAGUUGUGGCUGCAAACUUAUCGCACACUGCUGGAGUCCAAGGUGAACUGGUUUCAGAAGUACUUGAAAGAGCUAACAAUAGUCUAGUAGUAGAGUCUGAGAGACUGGUGGCAGACCAACUACUUAAGGAUAUUAGACUUCCUCAACAGGAGAGUGAUGUCAAUGGUAGAGAGAAAGGUGGAGUUGAGGCUACAAACUUAUCGCACACUGCCGGAGCUCAUCUCCAAGGUGAACUGGUUUCAGAAGUACCUGAAAGAGCUGACUGUAGUCUAUUAGUAGAUAAUGCUCAUAGAGAGACGGAAGAUGGCAAUAUCACGAGGAUUGAGAAAAGCAAAGGAUCUGUUGAGCACCAUGGCAGCAUGAUGCCAGCAGAAGUUCCUAAUGUAUGCUCGGAAGAUGUUCAUGUCGAUACCACUGUUGCAUUUGAUGAGAGUAUAGACAAACUCCGUUUGUGUGUUGUGGAGUCGUCUCCUGGAAUCAUGGUAGAGCAGCGGGAUCGGGUAAGUCCUGUAGUUCCUGAUACUGCUGCUACAAAUGCAAGCAAUGUUGGAGACUUGCCCAGAGUGAUAAAUGGAGCAUCUACUAAUAUAUUGGACAGCUAUCAGAAAGAUGGAAGCAGAAUGCAGGAUAUAGCAGCAUCCACCCCUGCCAAUAGAGAUGCUCGUGUAGAACUUUCUGGGGAAAACUUGCCCCCUCUGACGAUGCUAACUGAAACUUGUUCAGCUGGAGACUCUGUGAAGAAUGCAUCCUCUGGUGAAGUGAAUCAGCAGGAGUCUAUGGGAGUGUCUAACAUGAGCGUUGAAGUGGCUAAUGGCAGCAGCACGCUUCAUGGUAAAGACACUACUGAGGCUCAUAAUAGCAACCAACAGCAACCCUGUGAUAUAGUGGAUUCAUUAUGUGCUGCUGCUGAAGGUGAAGUGCUUCAACCGGAUGCAGGAGCCCAUGAAACAACAGUAGCCACUGAAGUUAUGGUCUCCCCUGGGGAGAUCAAUGAUGUAAUCUCUGCUGAGAUAUUAGAUAAUCAGAAUGAUGAAGUUAUUGUAGGUGAUAUAGCUGCUCGUAUCUCCACGAGCCAAGAUGAUAAUUCCCAAGAAACCUUGCUAACAAAUUCAGCCUCAGUGCAUGAUGGUGUGAUUCCAGGUGUCCCAGAUACAGAUACUAGAGAUUUAGUGAAUGUUGGAGAUUCGUGCAGAGAGAACAAUGGAUCGUCUGCUGGUGGUGAUCAAGAGUGUGUGUCUUCUGAAGAAGGUACUGCAGUGGGCCAGCAGGACAGAACAGUGAUUCCACCAGCUCUGGGGACAGCCAGUACAGAAAGAAUGGAUCUGGGGAAUUCUCCUAGAGAAAAUGAUCAUGUAUCUACUGAGCUUGACAAUGAAACAGUUGGGAUUUUGGUACAGGAUGUAUCAGCUUCUACUUCCAACAGAGAUGAUGGUUCAGAAAAAAGUCCGCUGACAAAUUCAACUUCUGUUCCACCAAUUCCGGAGACAGUCAGUGCCAAAAGAAUGGAUGGAGGGGACUCUUGCGGAGAAAAUGGUCAUGUAUCUACACAGCAUGAGAACGAGGCUGUCGGGAUUUUCGUACAAAAUGUACCAGGUUCUACUUCCAACAGAGAUGAUUGUUCAGAAGAAAUGCUGUUGACAAAUUCAACUUCAAUUCAGCAGCCAGAAGCUGCUUCUGCGCAAGUCAGCCAGUUCCUGAACCAGCCUGUUCAAAAUGAAGCAGCUCUACAGCCAGCAGCAUCCACUAGAGCGAAUGUUUCAGAAACUCUAGCAGCUGCACCUUCUACCUCAGCAAUUGGUGCCCGGAUUUUACAAGCUACGCCUGUUUAUCGAGUACCUUUGCCAUUGGGCCAUGACCCUCUCCAAAAUGAAUUGGAUAGGAUACGCCGCGAAUUGGAUCACAUUGCCAAUGUGCAUGAAAAGGAGAAGAUGCAGUUAAAAUCCGACUGUGAGAAGGAAAUAGAGGAAGUUGUUGCUCAAAUUCGCAAUAAAUAUGAAGUUAAGAUGAAAGAGAAGGAAAAAGAAAUUAUGCUUAGUAAGCGGGAACUGGAUGCAAAUCAUAAUAAAAUCCUCAUGAACAAGAUCCUGGCAGAGGCUUUCAGGUCCAAAUGCAUGGAUAUCAGGGCAUGUAAUUCGCCUGGAGUUCUACAAGACGCUGCUGCCACUUUCAUGCAGCAAUUCCGGCAGAUGGCUUCGAUGCCUCCGCAGGGAUACUCAGGACCCCGAUCUUCUGCUGCUCCUUCUUCUCGCCCUCUGCCACCGCCUGGGGUUCUAACCGGAGAUAGUCGGCAGACUGCUAGUGCUCUACCUUCUCCUUCCUCGACCACCACCUCUAGGGCACAAGCUGUUUUUCAUCACUCCACAUCACAACCUCUCUCGAGCUCUCAAUCCAGGCCACCUACUAUCAACUCCAUGUCAAUCCCUGCCACCACUGGCACCGCUACCAAUCAUCUCCAUAUCGAUAGCCAGAAUCGAGCGCCUGCUCCACACCUUCAAGCUCUUAGACCUACAGCAGCAUCUAUGGCGCCGCCAGUUACUACUAACAUCCCUCAUGGGAUGAUGCACCCGCCAAGUCAACGUGUCUCCACUGUCCUUCCCUCUCUGACUGUCCUGCCCCCGCAUCCGCAUCAGCCUGAAGCAGCAGCAAACCCUGUCCAGCAAAACAACGACGUGGUUUGUUUGUCCGACGAUGAUUGA